GCACAGAUGGUGAAGGCAGGUGAAUUUGACAACGCAAUGAUAGGAGUGAGUCAUGCUUCGAGUAAAGAGGCGACACACAGCGAUAAGCAUGCAACUGAGAUGGACGUUACCCUCCUGAAGGAACAAUACCGCUGCAUUAGAAAGAAACUCAGAACGCACGUCGUUUGGUUCAAAACAGCUAACAAUGAAGAAAUGAGUGGCAAGCCCCUGGUCACUGUUGUCUCAAUAAACCAGAACGUGAGAAAAGCAAAAGCCUUUGAGGUGGAGAUGCCCUUCAAAGAGAUUCAGUUUCAUUUCCCUGGCAACCUCCAGGACUAUGAAUCCCCCUGGCACACCCACCUGGGAAUCUACCACAGCACUCAAACAGAGCACCGAAACACUGGAACAGCUGAAGAGAUCGCAAAGACAAUGGACUCAGGAGAGUGGCCCAGCCCCACAGCCGACCCCUCACUAACAAAGGAUAUCUCCCCGUCAUGCCAGCAGCUGCUGGAGGAGCAAGCAGUAGAUACUUCAGCGGCAGACAGCCAAUCGGAUGUGCCUGACCGCACCAGUAACUGCUGCUUGGGUGAUUCACUGGCCCACAGGCCAAGAAAGUCCUUGACUCCUGCGAUCCAGACUGGACAGCAGAGUCUAGUCGCUUAUAAGCCACCAAGCAGCACCAAGCUGCUCUGCUACCCUUUCCCUCAGAAGAAAUGCCCCAAGAAAUCGGAGGCUGCCCGGAGACUUGGGUUGUAUGCUACACGCUAAUCAAGUGCCCUUUACUCAGUACACUCACUCACAUGUACUUUUUAAAGCUGGGCGGAUGUCUCCUCUUCACCAUCAAUGCACCAAUUCCCUUAAAUAAAGUAAUACAUUUAGAGCUACUGAUAAUAUACCCAAGAGCUACUUAAUUGUUGAACACCAUUACAUCAAAUGACAUUACCCAAGUGCUUAAAACUGUGCUUAUAAAACUGGAAAUACAUCACAGAGCUGUUUGGUUGUAGUUUUGUUAAAAUCAAUGUGUGUGUGACCUUUUAAAAAAUAAAUAAAUAAAAAGAGGCGUUCAUUAAAGA